CGGACUUCUUACGGUACCAUUGUACACUUCUAUCCCCGGUGUACCUGGUGCAAUGCUUUGGUAGGCGGAAACGUGAGCGAGUGCCUUGAACAGCAACCGGGAAAGCAUCAAUUACAUGAGUGUACAAAGCAGAGGUUGAUAACUCGCUCAAUGCCAUUUUGAAAAGUUCAAGGGCUUGCUGUCAAUCGUCUUCAACUGCAAGCAUUAUGCACCUUCCCGGGCUCGACUGUCUGCGCACGAGCAGAGGAUGACACAUAUAAGAUAGAGGCAAACAGAUAGCGGUGCAACCAUUGCUAGCCCGCUCCUCCCGGUUACCCCGGGUGUUCAUCUUCGCCAUCCUAAUUACAUAGGCCUGCUGCUCAUGCGCCUAAUCUGGCGCACAAGCAGGCCGGUACACUUGUCCUCCCCGCCAGUGCUUCGUUCUCGUCCGUGCUUUGGGACUGCAAUCAGCGUGGAGUUAUGACUCAGUGGACCUGGCAGAGGCAGGCGGGGUCCUAGUGCGGGAGUUGUAAACGUGCAGGUGGUGAAUCCAUAGGGCCGACGGCAUGAUUUCCCAAUGUCACCUUGCAAGCGGAUUGUGUUUUGCUGCCGAACUUUUGGGACCGGUCACAUGUCGUUGUCUUGGAUGCUGUUGGGAUUGCGGGGCAGCCAGCGCUGAAGAUCUAGGGCCCGGAAAGCAUGCCGGGGAGCGGGGAGCUACCUUGGACGUCAGGGCUAGAAUUUAUAUGCAACGCCACUAAAGUUGUCAUAUAGUGCGACCAGAUCCUGCCGCAGGCCCCAAUGCUAUCCUAAGAUCAUGCCAGACGGCGAGACAGGCAACAACAGGCAUGCUGUGCCGUACGAGGGCUACGUCAUAGCCUUGGCCGCAAAUUAGGCAUUGUGCGCUGCCUUACUGUAUGGUUCGAGUAAAUCCUGUUCAGUAGGACCGACUGUAGCAAAAUAGUACGCUUCACUGCCUCGCGGCCAACGUUGUGGAACAAUCUGUGCCUUACGUAUGUUCUCUGCAGCAGGUCUUAAAUCACUUGCACGGAAGAUCUAAGAGAUAGCAAGCAAGAAAUGGGUGAAACGGGUUCAAUUAGUGCUAGUCCGUGCCCGAAUCCUCCAGCCAUAUGCGAAAUUGAGAGCACGGCCGAAUUGCUAGCAUUACCCCCUGACAUCUUGACAACUAUUUUGGAAUCCCUACCAACACGAUGUUUACCGGCGGUUCGGCUGGUGUGCCGGAAGUUGGAGAUUAUGGUAGGACCCAUUAUCAGCAAAAUCUCCAUGAAGAUGGAGUCCAAGUUGCCAACAAAGCGACUACAUCGACUAUUGCGCUUUAAUGGACAGCGUGACCUCACAGUGAGGCAGGGAACGGGGCCGAUCGCCUUCAAUGCAGCUCCACCGCUUGGAAAUGCUGGAUCCGACACUUCCUCAUCGUACGCUCCUCCAGCAGUUCCAAGCUGGGCUCCAUACGUUUGCGAGCUGCAGCUUCAGCUGCGCGCCAAGCCCCAACCGACAACCCCGUAUUCCCAGCCCGCGCAAGCUGCUCAGCUCGAACCCGGCCUGCUUGACGGAGAAGACCCGGCGCCCCUGGCAAUUGAUCCACCCGCAGCGGCAGUCGCGCCCAACCACGCCAUUCAAAUCGACUUGCAGCUGCCCGCCCACAACAUACACGUACAAGCACCCCAUCUAGGUCCCCCGGCAGCAGCAGCUGCUGCUGCCGCCCUGCCUCAUCACCACCCGCCCC